UAACCGAACGCGGCGAGAAUGGAGCGUUUCCAGAAGACAGUUGCAACGCUGUCGCUGGUCGCCGUUUCCUGUGCUGUGGGCGUGUUGUUGUCGAAAAAAAGCCGCAAAACAUCACUACAGGCGGGACCGUUCAGCAACACAACCAUUGUCACCGCCUACUUUGAGCUUCCAUUCAGCAAACACUCACAUGUGAACUCGACGUAGUGAUCUUCACCUUUAUUAUGAUCACUACGUCGUUGUUUGCCGUGUCGUCUGUUUGCUGUUUGUUUUGAAUCAGGAGGAAUACGAUGAGUGGAUGCGGCCUAUGCUGUCGAUUCGGAAUGAGAUGGUCAUCUUUUACGACAGAACAAGUGUACCCAAGAUACGAAGGAUGAGGAAGGGGCUGAUGGAUAAAACCCUGAUCAUUCAAGAACGCUUCCGAGACUUCUAUGUGUGGAGACACCACAAUCAAUUCGUCCGGUCGCACGAUCAAUUCCUCAACACGAGGUACUUUGGGGGUCUGGUUGACGUGGUUGACUUCGCUUUUCACGUGGUUCGCUUGUCAGCUACUUUGGCAAAAGGAAGCCACUCGCUACACUACACAGCCCAGAGCUGUACAUGAUUUGGCAUGAGAAAGUCAAUCAUUUGAAACGAGCGAUGGACGAAAACCCUUUGGCACAGAGUUCUUUCUCUGGAUGGACAUCGGUGUGUAAGCGGGUAUAGAAAGAUCCACGCGCUCUACGAACGCCGCUAAUGCGUUCGGUGUCUCAGUUACUUCCGACGUUUGACGAAGGAGGAAAUCGCCAUGGACUACUACAGAUUUUUCCCUGAUCGAGACAAGAUCCUGAGGCUUCCUAGGCAUAAAGUCUGGUUGGUCAUGGCCAAACCGUUUGCCAAGAGAUAAAGGCGGUGCAAAAAACUCCAAUGCUUGCCAAGGUAUGUCACUAAAGUGAGACACAGCAUUCACAUGUCAGGUGUGUGUGCAUUGGCAAUCAGAUUCAAGCCGCAUCACUUCUACUUGAUGGGCGGUUGGCCGAAAUACAUACAAACAUUGCUCAAUGUCCCCUCCUCCCUUCUCUCCCUCUCUCAGGUUUUAUCGGCGGCCACAGGGAAACCCUAUACUGGCUCCACUCUGAGUUCUAUAAAAUGCUCAGGUGGUUCAUCAAGACCAACCGCUUUAUAGGGAAGGACCAGGAUGUUUUCAACUCCCUGUGUCUCAUACAUCCAACAAGAUGCCACUUUAUCAGGAGGCCAGACAAGUCAAAUGACGACAAGUGGCUCUACGCAAGAGUUGUUCUAAGGAGAGACGUACCACGCUGAAGGAUCCCAUGUGGACCGCGACAAGUCAUUCAUCCAUGAAUGGCGUGAUUCCUUUUGGCGUGACUGUGUGCCGUAAGGCACGGACGCUUUGUCAGACGUACACACUUAUCCAAAUGCGUGUAUCAGUGCCUGACAUACUCGAUCAACGGAUGCGCGCGAAGAAAUCGACGCGUUUGAAUACCACACAAUGAUCGAUGAGGCCAUAUAGUGCGGACGCAUGGUCGGGACCUUUCCGUGUGGAGACACCAUAAGGACUUCGUAAGAGGGCAUUGGUCUCUCGUGCCGAUUGUGAAUGCUGUUUGUCGUGCAGAUGACUUUAUCUGAAGGCACCUUGUGCAGCGGACCUAUCUGUGUAUGCCCCCGUUGCUCGCUUUGUUUGAUUGCUCUUGUGCGAGUCCACGACAAUGCAAACCAUGGCGGCAAACAUAGAUUCCUUAUCCGUGGCUUACAUAUAAUGUGUGCGUGUGGCCGUCGAGAAGCCAUGCAGAUACACGCAAAGCAACCGACUCGUCAGCCGUAUGGUCUGUCUAUUUGCUUGGUUUGCACGAUCGUGCCAGUCGUAUGUUGGCCAAUGUGGAGACAAUACCCUGCUUGUUUCGUGUGGAGACACCAUUGGUCUCUCGUGCCGAUUUUGAAUGUUGUCUGUCGUGC